CGCAAACAAGCCAUACUGGUCUUAAUUCAAUGCCCUGCUCCCGUCCUACCUUUUAACCUUGAAUUGUCACAGAAAAAGCAUGAAAACCCUGACUAUGAACAGUGACCCCUGACAAAGUAGAGUCUAUUUUAUAUAAAAUUCUAUAUGAAAUACCUGUGGUUUUGCAUGCUAAAGUGUGGCAGGUGGCCGUUAACUGUUACCUAUUGUAUUCAUGGGUUGCAUACACACAAAAGAAUUUGAAUAGCAGCGGAGCAGGGCUUUAAGCAAACACUUUUACCUCAACAACAGUCAAUACUGUCACAGUAUAAUGACAUUUUAAUACUUUCAUGGUAUCUAAUAUUACAACUUAGACAAUAACUUGACUGUUUCGCUUCCGUUCAAAUGUAAAAUCCAAUGCUACUGUCAAGACGGUUUAUAACACACAAAAGGCAAGUUGCCUUUAGGCUAUUGUAAUACAAUAAAAUUCUUGAUAUUGAAUUAAGAUAAUGACAUAUUUAUUAAUACAGUGUUUUCAAUUAAGCAACAAUUAAUAAAAAAAACUAAAUGAUUUAGAUGUUGAUAUUUGGAGGAGUCUGUUAAAAAAGGAUUGUUAAUAAUUCUAACUAUCAGCAACAGCUAUGAAAGUUUUACUAAGGAAAAAAGGAUUACUUUUAGUGAUAGGGUCAAGUCUAGUUUUCUGGAUGUUGCUUCAAACUGGAAUAAAUUUUGAAGAAUCUAUGGCUGAUAAAAAGCAGGACAUAGUUUUAACAGCACAAAAAAAAAUGAAGAAAAGUAACACCAAGUUGAAUAUGGAGAACAAUGAUAACAAAUGGAACAAACAGGCAGUACCUACAGCACAUUCAGUAAAGGUGAAAACACCAUUCAAAAUGUCGCCACCUGCACAACUAGCGGAGAGGGUACGUUCAAAGUGUACAGCAUAUCUCCGAUCACUACCGAAGAAACCUAUAGUCUACCCUAUUACAACAAAUGCACACUAUAAUCUCCUCUUCUGUCCAAUGUGUAAACUUGCUUCAACAUACUGGACUAAGUUUUUUAAGAUGCUUGAAGUGUAUAAAGAGAACUCAAGUAUUCAUUCACCGUAUGAUAUACCUAUCAGUAUUGCAAAACCUACAAAAGAAAGACUACAGAUAAUUCAGGGUACCUCAGGAACUCGAUAUGACAGUUACUACAAGUUCAUGUUUGUACGUGAUCCCUAUGCAAGAAUUUUAUCUGCAUACGUCGAUAAACUAUUUGCUCCAAAUCCAACAUUUUGGAAAGACCUCUGCAGAAAAAUUAUUACAUCAGUACGAGACAGAAGUAAACCACAUGCAAAGUGUUGGUCCGACUUAUCGUUUGAGGAAUAUAUCCGUGCUAUCGUUACUGCUCAUCGAAGACCGGCUGAAUCUGGAAUGACAGACUGUCAUGAUGCUAGUUUCAUAGGCUACUGUCAUCCGUGUGAACUUAAAAUGGACUUCAUCGGAAAAAUGGAAACAUUUUCAUCUGAUUCAAAUUUUUUGUAUCAAAAGUUAAACUUAAGCAGAACUUUAGACACCCUCGGAAGACAAGGGAAGCAAUUAGCUGAUGAAGAUGCAUUACUGGACACAGUAAUCUCCCCUUUCAAAUGGAAAAAUGACAUUAAAAAAUGCAUUCCUUGGCAUGAAGCUCUUCAAAGAAUAUGGAGAAAACUGCAGAUACGAGGUGUAAUAGGAAAAGAACAGUUACCUCUAACAGCCGAACAAGCUGAAAAAAUUAGUCAACAAGAAUUUAUUGAUCUCAUUAAGAAAACACAAGAAAAUACCUCAUAUUCUGAACGAAAACAACAACGUACAGAAGCCCUCAUAGAAAUCUACAGUCACGUUAAAAUGGAGUAUUUACAUCAAUUGAAAGUAUCAUAUAAAAAUGAUUUUGACUUUUUUGAGUAUGAAGAUAGUCCAGCAAGUAUAUUUAACAUCAAUAGAAAGGAUAUACAGUAUUAUGGAUACCUAGACUUAGGACAAAAAUAACUCUUCCUUUCCGUGUAUUAUUAAAUUUUUAAAAAGACGAAGCAAGAAGUCAUAACAAAAGACUUUUUUGUAAAAUGUACUGCUGAAAUUUAAUAUAUGCAAAUAAGGGAAAAAAUAUGUUUUAGUGCAAUAAAAAAACAACAAACAAAAAAACAUGUUUCACUGAAAGAACAUCAGGUGCAAUAUUUUCAGGAGUGGUGCGGAAACCAAGGAAAAUAUAAAAUCUGGUAUUCACAAGUGAAAGAUAUUUCAAUCUGACUUGUAAAACAAAGUUUCUAUUUAUUUCCUUUAUCUUUUUAAAUGACUUUUACCAAAGUAUACAAGUUUUACCUGCUCAGCAUCACAGAUACUUGGCAACAUCACAAUCAUGCAAAAUCAUGAUACCACAAAGUUAAUAUGAGAAGAAAGGUGAUUUUUAUUAUUUCUUUUAAAUACAUUUAAAUAUUAUUGAGGGUUUUAAUUUUACAGGUAUUUAGUUCUAUUACUUAUAUGUUUUUAAUGAAGUAGAAUAUUGAUAAAUGAACUCACAGUAUCAUCAGAUCUUCACAUAAGCAAAUUUUUAAAUUGUUCUAUUAAUAUGCCUAAUCAAUUAUCAAUUUUACAAACAUAAACACUUUAUAGAACUUCUUUCUUACAUUUUUUCUAAUUGGACACCAAUAAAGUUUAUAUGUUGGGCACUAUACAGCAGAUAAAAUAUCCUUGCUAGAUUUUCGAUUUUGUGUUUCUGAUUACAGUUUAAUUGAUCUCAGUCUAGAUAAAAUACCAGACUAUUUGAGGCAAAGUAUCAAACUAUUCAUAUAAAUGGAUAAUUUACCUGUAUCAUGUCGAGUAACAACUGAAAACAAAGGAUAACUAUUUUGCUUGUGACACUGCUGAUCUAUAUAUUUAUUGUGUGUAUCCCAAGUGACAAAACAGAAAUGGCAUUUAAUCCAAACUGCAUAAAAAAAAUCAUGAAAUAUAUCAAAUCUGUAAGUAAUUUCUCCCCAAACCAAACAUUUUCUGCAAGCUAUUCUUUACAUAGCAACAUUAUCUUUCAGGAAAGUACUUGAAAUUUACAUUAAGCUAUUUAUUUACAUAUCCAAAGAAUCUUUUUCAUUUAUGUAUACUAUAAUCAGAAAAUAGGGAGGCAAUUUGUUUUUAUUUUUGUCACAGGAGUGAAAAUGUCUAUCAGUAGGCAAAUACAGAUGAACCUACCUGAGUGGCCACCAGUUGCCUUUGGAAGCCAGUCAGCUUCCCAAUCUGACUUUUGUUCUAAUACCAACUUGAGAAGAAAACUGGAAACCUUCCUUAAUCUGUCAGACUGUAUCAUUACCUCAACUGGCUACUGAAUACAGGUUUAAUUGUAGGAAGUUCCUUUUAAUUAUAUGUUGUUUCUUGACAUUUUGGAAUUCAUACUGUUGCCAACGUUAAAGGUGGUUAAUCAGAUUUUGAUCAAGAAACGGCUUUGUUCGAAAGUUAAACAAAUGAUCAAUUACACUUACGAUUGUAUUAUAUCUGUCAAAGAUUUACAUUACAGAAUUUCAUAAAAAGUAAUAAAACAUACAUUUCUGAUAGGGAUCUUAUGAGCCUUUUUGUUCAAUACAGAAUAUACUGAAAAUAUAAAAUGUCAUUAACUGUUGCUUAUUUGUGAUUGACCACUUUUAACUUGUGUCAAGUUUAUCUACAAAAGCUCUCAAAUUCGAAUGUUUAAAAAGAGAGCCCAGGUAUCCAAGUAAGAAUAUCAAAAUAAUAACAGUGCUGUGAUUUGUAUUGUAUGUGAGCACCACACUUUAAUGAAUGUAAGAUUGAUCACUCGGUCAUGCAGAUAAUUAGCAUGCAUUACACUGACAGAUGUAAUAAACAAAAGAAUGGCUAAUUAGGAUACUUUAAUUUAUCUUGUUGUUUGAAAUUGUGAUUAUGUUUCAGAAAAUACAGUAACAAAGCCAU